UUCCUUUUCAUGCUUCAGCAUGCAGCAGCAGUCCUUGCCGCAAUGGUGGAACAUGCCAUGACUUACGAUCAGGAAUCAAAGAUUAUCGAUGUGAAUGUCCGCAUGGAUUCACCGGACAACAAUGCGAGACAAAUGUGACAACAACUGUGACCUGUGGUGAAGACUAUAUGCAAAUAAACCUGACCAAAAGACACUUCCCUGGUGUCGACUGGCGCAACAUUCAUUUGAACGAUAAAUCCUGCAGAGCGACAAUAACACCUAACACUAUGAAUCUGCGUACUCCCCUUAAUGGCUGUGGAACGAUAUACAGAGAGCAUAACAACAAAAUAGCGUUCUGGAACGAGGUCAGUAAUGAUGGGCGUGGACAUGGUCCUGGAAAUGGAUCAACAAUUACACGAGGCAAUAACCUUGUCAUUCCAUUCUACUGUGAGUACGGACGACAAAAGAUUGUCAGUACAAGUUUCAGUGCAGCAAAGAAGAUAGUCUACGCAUCUGAAGGAUCAUAUGGCAACUUCACGUUCACCAUGGAUCUCUACCAGACUUCUAGAUAUUCAACACCUUACUCACCUUCUGCUUACCCAGUGGUUGUCUACCCAAACCAGCCUCUGUGGGUUCAGUAUGAAGUCAAGAAUACCAACGCUGAUCUGGUCGUGUUUGCUGAGAAUUGUCGUGCUACGCCUUCAAAUGAUCCCAAUGCGUCCCCACAGCACGUGUUUCUACAGAGAGGGUGCAUUAAUGAUCCAACCAUGGUCUACUCGUACGACCCGUCCAGUCGUGUCCAGCGCUUUUCCGUCAGAUCGUUCCGUUUCGUGUAUUCCAAUUCCUUUUAUGUGUAUCUACACUGUGAGCUGAUUGUCUGUCAUCGUAACACAACCAACUCAAGGUGCGCACAAGGUUGUAUCAACGGAUCCAGAGUACGUCGAGAAACUGCUGACGGCUCCAAUGCGCAUGACUUGUCUGCUGGACCGUUUAGAAAAACAAACGAAAAAACUGAAACUGCAAAACGAGCUGAAGAAGGGUCAUCCAAGGCGAGCUUGGCUCUGAUUGGUGGAUUGUCUGCUGUUGGUGGACUUUUCCUUCUCGUUACCAUUCUCCUCUCGGUCAAGAUGUUACGUAAUCGUCGUGUACCUGCCAACGUGACCCGUCCUCCUGUUACCACUGCUGACGUCACUGUCAACUUUUAUGAGCAACAAGGAGUGGAACAGGACGAAAAAGUGAAGAGCAACGCAUAGAUUUAGUCAUAGAUUUAGUGGUUGACUUUCCCCUUGAUUGGAAAAGUUAACAGCUAUGUUAAGUCAAAGCUAAUCAUGAACUAUUAUUGUGAUUCUAGUGAAGCCAGUUAACUGCUAAGCUUGCCACGGGAAGUGUAGAAUAAAGGUAAAAAUAUAUAUCCACUUAAGACUAUUGACAUCAACCAUAGUAAGAGGUUCUCAGUAAGGUGAUAAUAAGGCAUAAUCUAAGCUAUUGCUGUUAUUAGUGAAAUGACGUAAACAGAUAAAAGAUUGAGGAUAAAUACUUCAAGGUCUAUCAACCAUGGAUGUACUAUGCAUGUUUUAAUAAACAAUAACCAAGAAAUUAAUA